AUGGCAGCAAACACCAGAUACUCCCCCGUACCGCAGCGGGACUCGCUCGACGACCGCCACUAUACCCAAGCCCCUCCGUCUUAUCAGACAAUUUCAGACCCAUCGGAUGGGCUUCUGGGCGCCCCUCGCACAGAGGAUGACAACGUCCCCGAUGAUUUCAAGUUUGGUGGCUCAGUCGCUGAAGCUACUCUUCCCAUCCGGAUGCAGUUCGUCCGCAAGGUCUACUUUAUCUUAACAAUCCAGCUCCUCCUAACCACAGUUCUGAGCUCCAUCUCCUUUUUCAGCGAGAACUACCGUACCUGGAUCCAAACCCAUCCCUGGCUUAUGCUCGUCUCCGCCAUCAGUGCCCUGGUCUUCAUGGGCCUCACCUACUGGAAACGCAAAAGUUAUCCCACCAACCUCAUGUUCCUGGGCGGCUUCACCAUUCUCGAAGCCUACGCAAUCAGCGUCACGACCUCCUUCUACGAUGCGCGCAUUGUCAUUCAAGCCCUUGUUUUGACCCUAGGCAUAUUCGUUGCCCUGACCAUUUUCGCCUGCCAGACCAAGUAUGAUUUCACAAGCUGGAUGCCAUACCUAUUCAGCGCCCUUUGGUUAGUCAUUAUUUUUGGCUUCAUGGCUGCCUUCUUGCCUAAGAGCAGCAAAAUGGACUUGGUAUAUGGUGUCGUGAUCGCGUUGCUUUUCAGUGGCUAUAUCCUGGUGGAUACCCAGCUUGUGAUGCGCCAUUACCAUGUUGAAGAGGAGAUUGCUGCAUCUAUCUCUCUCUAUCUGGACAUCAUUAACCUCUUCCUUGCCAUCCUGCGGAUUCUGAACAGCCAGAACGAUAACUAA